AUGGUUUGCUUUGGAGACAUUGCUCGUCGUAUGAUUGGGAAGCCUGUCCAGCAGCUUCUGAGGACAUCUACAAGUGCUAAUGCAUAUCCACCUGAUAUAACAAAGCUGGUCUCUCUUAGAUUCACUUUCGUAGUUACAAUGACCCCACAUGGCCAUCCUGUUGCUGUUCCGGCUAAUGCUGCACGUGGUAAUGCUGGAAACAAAGACCAUGGCCAUCUUCGUGCCGCUGAAUCUGGUGAUUCCUCGGGUACAAGUGAUGGUGCAGAUACACAUCAGCUGUUGUCUGCUGGUACAUCGGAUGGCACUCUGUCUUCACCAGGCCCUUUAAACACUCCACCGCCCAAGCUUGAUGGCCUUGAAACACCGGUGUCGAAGAAACGUUCUAGAAGUGGCCCAUCCAAGAGCAGCAACCAUCCUUCCUCUCGCCAUAGGCUUUUCAAAGAGGGUACUGGUGCUGACAUUGCUGAUCCAGACGGUGCAGGCGCAAGAAGAACUAAUUCUUUGCCUCUGAUGCAAAGUCAUCUCAACAAAUAUGGAAAAGAUGAGAUUAUAACCCAUGCCAUCUCCUGUGUGCCUUCUUACAGCGCUGCGUCUGACAAGACUCAGGCUCCUGAAGAUGACCGCUCCUCUGGGGAACCUUCUACCGCUCAGGAGAGCGGCUAG